UCGCCGCAGCGCUGAGCUCUGUGGGUGCCAUUUGGCGAAAGUUCGUACUUUUUAAUUGUAGGUUUGCUCAUGUUUUUUCGUCAGUAAUAAUUUUUAUAUUCAACAACUAUAGGUAUUUGAUUGAAAAUGAAAAGUCGGUGAUAUUUAUUAGCUCUAUUUCAACCCGAAAACUGGCUGUUAUUCGGAUAAUUUCUGGAACCUAAAAUUUUAACCUGAGCUGACGUUACUCGUUCCGUGCGCGGCACCGAGUUGCCGAUCUGCCGAUCCUGUAGCGCAGCGUAGCCGUGUGUGGCGAAAUUUUCUCGGGCUACUGUUCUGCAUCGACGCAUCUGGAAGCGUGCAAGUAGGAAGAGACAUCAUGUUAGCAACACAAAAACCCCGCAGAACGAGGGAGUAUGCUGGCCCAACUCCACACUCGGUGGCAAUUAGGGCCAAAAUGCCCAGCAAGCUGCCCCCAGACCAUCUGAUCUUGGAGAGGCGACGUCAUGAUGAUGCUCGGGAGGAGGCCGAGGCCGUCACCAAGUACAACGCCCUGUGCGACCUGAAAAAUGACUGGGAACGCAUCACAGACCGCCGCAUCCAGCUGAACACUGUCAGCAGGAAGGUCAAAGGGCUGAUGCUGGAGCAAGAAUUUACACUGGAGGAUCGCAGAGAAAGACUAAGACAGCUGCUGGCAGCAGAGGAUGCUCAAUACCUGGAGGAGAUGGAGGCCAGCCAGGAGACCAUGCUGGAGAGGCAAGCCAAGAUGCGGGAGAGGGCCAAGUUCCUCAAGGAAAAACGAGAGAAAGAACGACUGCAGGUGGUCGCUGAGAAACUAGACCAGAGAUGGAGAGAGGAAUGUGAAGAGCUGCGGUCCACCCUGACCCGCCGCCACAUGGACGAGGUCUGCCUAGAGCGCGGGGAACAGCUGCGCAUCAAAGCCGACAUGGAUCAACAGAGCCAGGCCGAGGAAAAGAUGUACGCCGACCUCUGGCAUCAGGACAUGCUGGCCAAGGCGGCCAGGGAGGAACGAGAGGCUCAGGAACGGCACGCCAGGAACCAAGAGACGCUGAAGACCUUACAGAAACAGAAGGCAGCCCUGGAGGCUAAGAAGCAAGACGCUAAGAGACUCAAGGAGGAAGAAGGCAGACUGCUGGCGGAGGAACGUGAACUACGUAAGAUGGAGGAGCAGCGGGCGCAGCAGGAGAAACUGGCCAAGCAGCAGCAGGCCCGGGAAGACAUUGCCACCAACAUCCGCCUCAAGACCAAACGCAGGGCCAAAGAGAUGCAAGAGGAACUGGCCCUGGACAUGAACAUCUUAGAGAAGUUGCUGAGCGACUCACGGAACGAGGCCAUGGAGAUUGCACAGAGGAAGAAAGAGCUUCGUGAGGAGGACCAGCGUUACCGCGAAUACCUCAGGCAGACAGCGCGCGAGGACGAGGAGCGCGACCGUGAGAUUGACAAGCUGGUGGACGCAGAGGUGCAGAGACAGUGGCAGAAGAGGCUAGACGAAUGGGCCCGACAGAGAGAGGCUCGAAAGCGGCUCAUGGAUAACGUGCUGGCUGUACGUCGCCAGCAGGUGGAAGCAAAAUUGGCAGAAAACGCCAAGGCCCAGAUUGAGCUGCAGAAGGAACGGGAGCUGAUGCAGGCAGCCAUGGACGAGCACAAGCGCCUCGAGGAAGAGAAGCUGGCUGGCAUCCGACGGGAGAACCUAGCCUACCAGGACGACCUGCUGGGCCAGCUGGACUACACCCGCCGGCAGCACGAGAUGGACAAAGACGAGGAGCACAGGGAGUACCUCAAGGGGCUGGAGGCAGAGGCGGAGUACCAAGCCAAGCUGAAGGAAGCCCUGGCCCGCCCCGUCAUCGACAAGAUGCAUCCCAUGAGGCGGGCCCACAUGGCCAAGAGGGCUAGCGGAGUGCCGUAUGAAGACCUCAUGUGAAUUUAAAAAAAAGAAAUUGUACACAAUUCGGAUCCGUCCUGUUUAUUUAUGUACACCAGGGAUUUGUAUUAGAAACAUCCACAUUUUUAAAAAUCCGUUCCAUUGAUGAUCAUUAAAAAUUCGACAAAUGUGACCAAAUCCUUCAAAAUAGGUCUCAACCCAUUAGAAUCUGUGUUGCAUGUACAUUGUAUUUCAUUGUAUUUCUUUCCAGAAGAAUUCCUGGGCAGUUUUGUGGACAUUAUGUGGGAGAAUAUGUUGACAGUAAAGCAGUUUUAUUGUGUAACUGUGAGGGCUUGAUAUCCAUAGCUCUGGGGACUUCAGACGCAUUUUGUAGGGUUUGGUCACACUUUUUAAAAGUUACAUUUUUGUAAAGAUCCGUCCUCUUUGCUCAAUUAAAAGUGCUCGACCCGUGCUCUUCAGCAUAAUAAUUUGUUUCUCCUAAAAAAAAAUUCCAUGUGUUAAUAAAAACGGAAAAACUACUUGUUUUUCUGUUUUGAACUUUUCAACCCUCUGAAAACAGUCUUUUUAAUUGCUUUUGCACCCAUAACACACACAAAAUACACACCAGUUAUUAUCGGGCUGCAAAUAAUUUGAAAAAAAUAGUUUGCUCGAUGUCUUAUUUAAAAGUGAAUAACUUUUGUAUUGCUAGAAAAUUGCGAUUUAAAAUCAAAAUCUACUUUUCGGGGUGUAACUCAAAAAUUGCACUGGGAGAUUAACUUGAAUGCGCCCUGGUAUUAUACAAAAGUGCAAAGCGUAGUAACAUAUGUUUGUUUUAUUUGUUUGUAACCACUUUGCUCACAUCUCAUUGGACAGACUAUACUUCCAACUUGAUGGCUUCUAUGGGGAAAAAACACAAUAUUGCCUUGCAGUUUUCCAUCAAGAGUUUGUUUUAAGAAUGACAUUGUUGACUCCCUGUUGUGACUUCCAACAACUUUCUCAGUGUGUGUACAUCCCGAUUUGCACUUGUACGUCAGCAUUAGACAUUGUCAAAAUAAAUCACAAGAGGGCGCUGUUUGGGUGUUAUGGUUCCUCAACUGACAAUCCGUCCACAGCUAGGUAGCUUAUUUUUUUAUAAUAAUAGUUGUACAUGGUGCAUUGCCUUUGAUUUUCGGUUUCUUCCAAAUGUGAUGUACGCAAUUACUAUUUUUUAAGUAGGGUGAUAUGAUUUAAAAAUGAGAGUACAGUUGCCAACAAGUUGAGUACAACCUUCAUAAGCUUCUCAUGGAGUGUUGUACAUUCUUGACCAUAAUUAAAGGCACAUAGGAACAUUACCCAGUAAAGUACCUACUGAUUUUAUGAGAAAACCUUGCUCAGAAUAAUGAUAGGGCUGGCACCAAAUGCUCUAUGAAAUUAUCCCCUCAGAAAUGGUUUUGAUUGAAAGAAAAUCAGGUUUUAAAAAAAUGUGCCCACAGGCCCACUUUAUAGUUAUUACAUGCUUCCUAUGUUUUCUCAAAGUGCAAGUAGCAAAUGAGCUAAACUACGAGGUUUGAACUCAUUAAUGCUUGUUUUUGUUGUAUUACAUUGUAUUUAUUCCCUGAUGUAGCCAUAAAACCAAAGAUUACUUGAGCAGUUCGGGUCAUUAUGGUAAAAUUUCAUGAGCUGUUGAUUUUUUUCCAGUUGUCAUUCAGCAAAAAUAUAUAAAAGUGAUCAUCAUCUGCAUGAGAUGUAAACAAAUCUGAAGAGAAUCAAAACAAUUCCAAUAGUCAUUCCGUCCCUGAUGAGUUUAAAUAUUCUAAAGAAAGUGGGAUUGUUCGUUGUUCUGUAAAUACUUUGCGUAUCGGUUGAUCUUAUUUGUGUAAAUAAAAGUUUGUAAAUAGUGCAGGAUGUAUCUUAUAUUACCAAAGUCGACCUGCAUUUUUAAAAGGGAUUUCAAGAUUAAGUUUGUUUUUAUUAACUCAUUUGUUUUUGGUCUUAGAAAUGUUCCAAAGAAUUCGUUUGGGUGCAGAUUAUUUUUGUAAAUUUCACAUCUGCCAUGUAAAAACUAUUUGAACCACAAAGACGAUUGCUUGUAUUCUAACUUUCGUAUCAUUUCCGUCCAGCAAUUGACAAAUUCCAGAAAUCUCUCCAAAUUAAAUUGAUAUUAAAGUAAUGCCUUGUAAAUACGUUGGUGCUUUUGGUUUUUAAUUAAAAACAAGAGAAACUAA